AGAAUCUCCCUCUACCUUUCCCAUUCUCUCUCUUCUUCUCUGUCCUUCUGUUGAUGCAUAGAUGAAUGAUGUCGUGUCAAUGGGUAUAAAGCGCCGAGCAAGGUUCGAUCCUCCAGUCCAGCAAUCAGCCCUAAUCCUAUGUUACAGAGAAACGAGAGAAACCGGUAUGACCAUGAAAGCGUGGAGAGAAAGGACAAAAACCGGAGGAACAAUGGCCGAAUAUGGGCCAAUUAAGCAAUUGCCAUGCCAAGUGUAUCUCCGGACUCAUGAGCUAUUAAGAUAGCAAAACAAGCCUCGUCCUGCCCUCGUCCCCGAUUAUUCCCGCCGUCUAAUCUAUCAAUGCUGCUCCAUUGAAGCCUUUCUUCCCCGUUUGGCCGUUUCCCCUAAGGAUAAGAAGUUUCGACUUCUUUGAAAAAGGAAAAAAAGGAGAGACCAUGAGCGUGUACAUCAUUGGGGCUAUUGUCCCGCUGGUGGUGACCCUUCUUCUCCGGAAGAAUUCUAACAACGGCAAGAAACGCGGCGUCCCAAUCGACGUCGGCGGCCAGGAUGGGUACGCAAUUAGGAACGCCGGAUUCCCUACCCCGCUCGAGACGGCCUGGGAAGGAGUCUCCACUCUGGCCGAGCUCUUCGAGUCCGCUUGCAAGAGGCACGGGAACAAGAAUUUGCUUGGGACCCGGAAGUUGAUUUCCAGUGAGGUUCUAGUUAGUGGAGAUGGGAGGUCCUUCGAGAAGCUUCACUUGGGAGAGUACGAGUGGCUCACUUAUGCUGCAGUGUUUCAGAGAGUCUCCAAUUUUGGUUAUGGGUUGGCUCAACUUGGGCAUCUGAGGGACGAGCGAGUCGCCAUUUUUGCUGAUACCAGAGCUGAAUGGUUCAUUGCGUUGCAGGGUUGCUUUAGGCGUAAUGUCACAGUGGUCACCAUCUACUCUUCACUGGGGGAAGAAGCUCUCUGCCACUCAUUGAAUGAGACUGAAGUUACCACUGUGAUUUGCGGGAGCAAGGAGCUGAAGAAACUUGUUGAGAUAAGUGGGCAACUCGACACCGUGAAACGGUUGAUAUGUAUGGAUGACGAUGUUCCUUCUGUUGAAUCUCCACUGGAGCAGAGUGGGCGGUGGACAGUUAAGUCGAUGACCAGUGUGGAGAAACUGGGGCAAGAUAAUCCUACGGGGGCUGAUUUGCCUCUGCCUGGUGAUGUUGCUGUCAUCAUGUAUACAAGUGGAAGUACUGGGUUGCCAAAGGGAGUAAUGAUGACACAUGCUAAUGUCCUGGCUGUAGUUUCUGCUGUCAGGACCAUUGUUCCUGGCCUUGAGAGUAAUGAUGUUUAUCUCGCCUACCUUCCAUUAGCCCAUAUACUCGAAUUAGCAGCUGAGAACAUAGUUGCUGGUGUGGGAAGUGCUAUAGGAUAUGGAAGUCCUUUGACACUUACCGAUACUUCAAACAAGAUAAAAAAGGGAACCAAGGGGGAUGCUUCUGCAUUGAGGCCAACUGUGAUGGCAGCUGUUCCAGCAAUUCUCGACCGUGUUCGAGAUGGCGUGCGUAGUAAGGUAGAUGCAAAAGGUGGAUUGGCCAAGUGUCUAUUUGACUUGGCAUACAAUCGCCGGCUCUCAGCAGUGAAUGGGAAUUGGUUUGGAGCUUGGGGACUAGAACUGCUUCUGUGGAACCUGUUAGUUUUCAAGAAGGUGCGGGCAGUUCUGGGAGGCAGAGUACGGUUUUUGCUUUCUGGAGGUGCUCCUCUUUCUGGUGAUACUCAAAGAUUUAUCAACAUUUGCCUUGGAGCUCCAAUUGGUCAAGGUUAUGGUCUUACUGAGACUUGUGCUGGUGGGACCUUUUCUGAGUUCGAUGAUACAUCUGUUGGUCGAGUUGGCAAUCCACUUCCAUGCUCGUAUAUAAAGUUGGUGGAUUGGCCAGAAGGUGGAUAUUUGAUUAGUGAUUCACCUAAGCCUCGUGGUGAAAUAGUCAUUGGUGGUCCUAAUGUCACCCUUGGAUACUUCAAAAAUGAAGAGAAAUCAAGAGAAGUCUACAAGGUUGAUCAGAAAGGCAUGAGGUGGUUCUACACAGGUGACAUUGGUCAGUUCCAUGCUGAUGGAUGCCUCGAGAUAAUUGACCGCAAGAAGGAUAUAGUCAAACUUCAGCAUGGGGAGUACGUCUCCUUGGGAAAAGUAUGCAUCUCUCGAUCUCUGACUGACCCCCCUAAAGAAACCACACUUCUUUUUCCCUGCUGCCAACUUUCACCUGCUGACUAGUAGUCUCCCUUCCCCUCUUUCUCUUUUUUCCUACAGAUUGAGGCUGCUCUUAUGGCAAACUCCUAUGUCGACAACCUGAUGAUGCAUGCUGACCAUUUCAUAGUUACACUGUGGCUCUAGUUGUGCCAUCUCAGUCCGCCCUUGAAGAAUGGGCUGCAAAGCAAGGAAUAAACUAUGCUGGUUUCUCGGAUCUGUGUGACAAGAAAGAGACAGUGCAAGAAGUGCAAGCUUCUCUUGUGAAGGAAGCUAAGAAGGCGCGGUUGCAGAAGUCUGAGAUCCCGGCAAAAAUAAAGUUGCUUUCAAAUCCAUGGACUCCUGAGACUGGGUUAGUCACUGCAGCUCUCAAGAUUAAGAGAGAAGCCAUCAGGAAGGCCUUCUCUGAAGAGCUAUUAAAGCUAUAUGAAUCGUGAAGAAAAUUUUGUUGGAAGCUAGCUGGCUAUGACAAUUGUCGCUGAGUUUUGUUGCCCUGUGAACUAGUUUCUCAUUUUGUAGGGAUACUGUUUAGGUUGCCUUUGCAAUUUUUGCUGCUUCUCUACUCAUAUCUGCUUACUUGGGCGCAUUUCUGGCCGUCCCACAGUUGUUUAUCAACAUUAGGGUUUUUUCCCAAACUUUAGUUACUGAAAAAAUUCCAACAGUGUCAUAGUUGCACUAAAAUUUACCAAAAUACUAAAAUUUAGAAUGGUUUGCUGUUCACUGCGC